GGGGAUGUUGUUAAUUUGUUUGAGAUAGUGUGAAUCACGGCGACAUUUUCCCGGACGUUUUUUUGAAUUUGCAGAAACAGAGGAACGUCUGCUGGUGCACAAUGUUGGAGUGUGGCAUGCUGGAGCAGGACAAGCGGGCUCUGCGGAGACGCUCUGCAGUUCUCUGCAAACAGCUGGUGGUGGAUGAGCUGCUCAUUCAGUGCCUGCAGGCAGACGAGAUCCUAACCGAGAGCAUGGCAGAGAGUAUCAUGGCUGAGCAAACGUCUCACAAACGAAGCUGGCGCUUACUACUUCUCUUGCCAAAGCGGGGGCCCAGAGCCUUUAGCCACUUCUGUUCAGCUCUGCAAGAAACUGAGCAGCAGCACCUGUACGAACUGCUCACACAAUCACCACAAAAAGAUGGCAAAGAGACACCUGCUGAGAGUAUUCAGCCUGAGGAAGAGCCAGUAAUGAAGACAACUGAAAAGAAGAGAAAGACAUCUUCAGUAGAUGGAGAAGAAGAGGGUGAGGUGAGCAGCUCCUCAUCAUGCCCAGUCCAAACCUCGGAUAGCUGUCUGCACUCAGAGUCACCAUUAAGACGAUUGGUCCCAGUCAGGGUGGAAGACAGGAAGACAGAGAGACAGGGGACGAAGAAAAGAGGAGGAGAUAAGCAGACAGAUAGGUUUGUGGACUCUUCUCUCCGACUUCCCACCCAAGAAGUAAUUGCUGCCAAGAGAGCGAGGACACAUGCAGAGUCCAUGGAGUUCAGUCUGGAUGCAGAUAGUCCCAUCAACACUCCUGUGCUCCCCUGCGCUCCCGACUUUUACCUCUCACACUGCCAGCAGUCUUACAGAAUGAAUUCAUCCCCUCGUGGUUUGGCUUUGGUGAUUAGUAAUGUGACCUUUGAUCCUUGUGCGGCGCCUGACCUUGACCCUAGGAAGGGAGGUGAGGUGGAUGACGAGGUCCUCAGGAAGGUCUUCACUGAGCUGGACUACUCGGUUACAGUCCAAAGAGACCUCACUGCUCAGGGCAUGAGGACGUGCAUUGAGAACUUUUGUCGUCGAACAGACCACCGAACAGUGGACAGCUGUGUGGUGUGUCUGCUCUCCCAUGGAGUGGAAGGAGCUAUUUAUGGUACAGAUGGACAGCUCCUGCAGCUGGACUGGGUGUUUGAGUCCUUUGACAAUGCGCACUGUCCCCUGCUACAGAACAAGCCAAAGAUGUUUUUCAUACAGGCCUGCAGAGGAGAGGAGAUGGACUGUGGAGUGGAGCAAAUAGACGGGCCACCGAGGACCUGCUCACCAAGCUGUGAACAGAGGGAUGCUGGGAGGGAAGGACAAGGGGAUGCCAACUCCAGACAAAGAGGGGACUUGGGAAGGCCCAGGAUCAAACUGCCUCAGCGGUCUGACAUGAUCUGUGGCUUUGCAUCGCUCAAAGGUCAGAGAAUUUGCACAGCAGCGAUGCGGAACACCAAGAGAGGCUCCUGGUUCAUCCAGGAACUAAACUCAACACUACGCCUCCAUGCCAGAGACACACACCUUGCAGACAUCAUGGUGCAGGUGAACGCUCAUAUUAAGGAGCGGGAGGGUUACGCUCCUGGCACCGCCCACCAUCGCUGCAAAGAGAUGUCGGAGUUCACCAGCUCAUUGUGCAAAGACCUCUUCCUUUUCCCCAAGUACCAGCCCCAGUAUUGAUGCAUGCAAAUAUGCUCGUACAGAUUAACCCACACACACUCCAUUCCUUGCAUUGAAGCCUCUCAUAAACCCACACAGCGGUUCAUUCCACUUUAACUACUGCAACACACUCACACAUUCCUCCUCUACAACUUCACGUCCAAAAAGAAGAUCUGUUCAUUCAUAUUUUUUGUGUAAAUACUGCCUCCUCAGACAUGAAAAAACACAUGCGUGCAUACACUCACUAAUGUUGGAAUGGAAAAGGAGCACAUUUAUGUUAAUCUACAUGUACUCGGAAUUGGGCAAUGUAUUAGCAUACAAUUUACUCAUGCAUCUGUGUCUGCGUCUAUGCCAGUUAGAAGGUUUAGUUGAUAAUCCUUUUUAGUCAAAGACAGAAUCGUAUCUUGUUGUUUUCUUACUGCACAGCUACUUUGAGGUUUCACUCUCUCUUUUUAAGAUGUAUUUUGUACACAGAUCUAUUUUUGUGGAUUUAUUUUAUAUGAAAUAGUUUUUAUAAGGAUUUAUAAACCCAUUCUCUCUGUGUAUAUAAUGUUUGUAAUAAGUUGUGACCAUUUCUGGUUUUUAGUAUAGUGACAAGCAGGGGGCAGUACAGCAGAGACAAAUCCAUUUCAACAGUCUCUUUUGUUACCAUAUUUUCAAUUCAGAUGCAGAAAGCUUUUUAUUUUAGGUAUAGCGGGCUACAGUGAUGAUGAAGCGGUAAAUCUCUGCAGCAGGUUUGGCUCUCAUUAGAAAAGCUUACAUUUUUUUCUCACAUAUUGUUCCCUGUUAACAGGAAAAAAAACUAUAGGGCAGCUUACAAACAAGACCUUGAAUUAUCUCAGUAAUUUAAUUUUUUUUGCUUUUUGUUUGUAGAUGUUCAAUCAGGUAAAUUCAGCUUUGUAACUUUAAAUUUCAUAAAGGGCACCCACUGUAAAUUCCACUUCAUAUCAGCUGUGUUAUAUACUGUGUUAUAUACAGAUAUACUGUAUAUCUGUCCCUGUCAGGGUGGUGUGCUGCCAGGGGAAUGUGGUGCUACUUGUGGGGUCGUACACCCACAGUGUGAACUCUGACCUUUGGGCUAACUCUGACUCCUAAUAGUGUGUCUCCCUGUGGGUGGGUGUUGCACAUUUUGUUCGUCCCCUUACAAGUUAUGUGGUAUUUUACUGUAUCUGAUACAGUAAAGAUGUCUUUUUUUAAUGUCUUCCAUAAACAAUAUGCAUUUUUUUUUU